GCUAGGCCGAGCAGAGCAACAUUGCUAAGCCGAGGCCGCGCGGACUUCUCAGAGACCCGCCGCCGCCCGCGACUUUGGCGCUGCAACCAUCGCUCUUAUCCCUUUCCCGUCCUCUCCUUCUCCGUCGCCGUUCCGCAGCCGCAACACCAUCGAUAACAGCUAAGUGGUCAAUUCGGGAGACUUAGGGUUGGGAGUCGGGGCGGGCGCAAGGCGCAGGCAGCACACGCAAGCCCGCCAUCUCCUGCGGCAACUGCCACUGCUGCAGAUACCUCUGCCGGGCGGGAGAGAAGAAUACUGUCAAGAGGCCCCCGCUGUCCUAGUGUCCACGGUCAGAGUUAGAGCGUUUCUGCCGAGCCUUGUUGAGAGCCUUGCCUUUGGGGAAGGGAGAAGGAGAACGUGCAGGACAGGAUCUCUCUGUUUUCGGAGAUCACAAAAAAAAGAUCUCAUACUGGAUAGUGCUGACUUUUUGUCAGCUUAAUCUAGUAAGUGGUAGCGUUGCUGAGCCUCCUUAAACCCCAAGCCAUGUCGCCCCCAACAGUGCCUCCGAUGGGCGUAGAUGGUGUGUCCGCAUACCUGAUGAAGAAAAGGCACACCCACAGGAAACAGCGGCGCAAGCCCACUUUCCUCACCCGUAGGAACAUUGUGGGCUGCCGCAUUCAACACGGCUGGAAGGAAGGCAACGAGCCCGUGGAGCAGUGGAAGGGCACCGUGCUUGAGCAGGUUUCCGUGAAGCCCACUCUCUAUAUCAUCAAAUAUGAUGGCAAAGAUAGUGUGUAUGGACUAGAACUGCACCGAGAUAAGAGAGUUUUAGCGCUAGAGAUCCUUCCUGAGAGAGUGCCAACUCCUCGCAUUGAUUCGCGCCUGGCAGAUUCCCUGAUUGGCAAGGCAGUGGGUCAUGUGUUUGAGGGUGAGCACGGUACGAAAGAUGAAUGGAAGGGUAUGGUCCUGGCGCGAGCCCCCGUGAUGGACACUUGGUUUUACAUUACCUACGAGAAAGAUCCAGUCCUUUAUAUGUACACGCUGCUGGAUGACUACAAAGAUGGUGACCUGCGCAUCAUUCCAGAUUCCAACUACUAUUUCCCUACAGCAGAACGGGAGCCUGGAGAAGUUGUCGACAGCCUUGUGGGCAAGCAGGUGGAGCACGCCAAAGAUGAUGGGUCCAAGAGAACCGGCAUUUUCAUCCAUCAAGUGGUGGCCAAGCCAUCUGUCUACUUCAUUAAGUUUGAUGAUGAUAUUCACAUUUAUGUCUAUGGUUUGGUGAAAACCCCCUAAAUUCAUUGUGCUAUUGCAAAAGUUGUGGAACUAUUAAAUGUAAAAUAUGUCGUGUGAACUUUUGAGAACAGUUUUGAAGUCAGAGAUUAAAGAAUUUAUUAUUACUUACGGUGCCUCCAAAUCUUACAUUGACUAGUUCCACAGUUUUGCCCGAAGUAUACUUUGGUACUUUUGAUAUUGCCUUGUUCUGUAAUCAAAAUUUUAAAUCGGGUGCUAAUAGAAAAUUGAAAAGUGUUUGUAAAAUUUGGAACAAUGGAAAACUAGAUAAAGAAAAAUAAAUGGUGUACACACACUAUAUCCUCCACCACCACCACCCCCAUUUCUUUCUUUGCCUUACCAAUUUUUUUCUCCCCAGGUAACAAGUGUUAAGAAGAUAAUGUAUAUCCUUCCAUGUUUUCCCCAUCCUCUUAAAGAAAGUUUGUUGUAGUCCUUUCUACAGAAACAGCAAGGCCCAUUAUUUCUCUGUAAUUGCUUUUCUCCCUUGACAUAUCCUUCUGAUCAGUAGCUACAGAUCUCUCUCUCUCUCCCCCAUGCCUCCCUCUCCAUAUGGUAUAAGAUAGAUGUCCAACUAUAUAUUUUAUUCACAUUGGAUACCUGAUUGUACCAUCACAUUUAUUAAAUAAAUCACCCAUUUCCCCUCUCCCUCUAUUUCUCCUUGUCUUCCUCUCUUCUCCUAACAACUGCAUACACAGUACAUAUUUAUGUACCAAAAUGGUACCAUUUAUGUACCAUUCUAUUAUUGAUGGUCUUUAAGUUUUCUCUUUUUUUUUCCACCAUAGCACUGCUACAAUACAUACUGGUGCUUUUAUUUCUAUAGGGUAGCUUCCCAGAAAUGGGACUGUUAGGUAGGUGUUUAUUUAAUUUUAAGAGAUAUUACAAAAUUACCAUCUAAAAUGAAAGUGCUCAUUUUCCAGCAUCCUCUCCAGCACUCUUUAAUGUUUGUAAAUCUGAACAGUGAAAAAUUACAUAGUAUUGUUUCUUUAAUUGACAAACUCAGUGAGUUUUUUUGUUUUUUACCAUUCGGACUUUUUUUGUGAUUUACCAGUGCUUAUCCUUUGCUCAUUUAUCUAUUGAAUCUUUUAUCUUUUCCUUAUAAAUCUGUAGGAAUUGUAACUAUAUUUACUAUGUGGUGUGUACUAAUCAGUUGUAGCCCAUAUGUGUUAUGAUUUUCUCCAUUCUAUCAUUAAUCUUGACUUUAUUGAUAUCUUCUUUUUUACUUUACAGUUUAAAAAAAAAUUAGAUAGAUUCCUCUCUUCUUUUUAGCUUUUUGGUUUCUUGUUUUUUUCAGUUGAAUGCCCCCACUGCUAGUCAUACAAAUAUUUACCUACAUUUUUUCUAAAAAUGUUUAUUAAUUUUAAGCUUCAACUGAUCCAUCAGGAAUUUAUUUUUGUAUAUGGAGGUAGAGGUCCAAAUAUACAUUUUGUUCAUAUUGGAUACCUGAUUAUGCUAUCACAUUUAUUAAAUAAAUCACCCAUUUUCAAGUUCCUGAGCCAGUAUCACAUUGUUUUAAUUGUACUGGCUUGACCAUAAACUUUGGACUCUGGUAAAGCAAGUCCCCUCUCAUUAGUUUUUUGGUUUUUUUUUUUGUCUCUUCUUCUUUUAUAUAAUUUGUUUUUCAUUCUUUCAUGUAAAAAUUGGAAGCAUCCUUUCCACGUUUAAAAAAAUCGUGAUGCCUUAGAAUCGUAUUACAUUUCUGCAUUUCUGUUUAGAAGGUUAUUUUAAAAAUAAUAUUAAUCUUUAAUACUCGAGAAUUUUGGUACAUCAUUAAAAUCUUUUGGUUUUGUUUUUGUAAUGUUAUAUGGGUCCAUCACAUCUGAUUAAGUUUAUCUCUAAAUAUUUUUACAGUUUUUGUCACAUUUUGACAUUUUGAAUUGGGUAUUUUUUCCUCCUCAUUUAUAUUUUUGGCAAUAUAGACAAACUAGAGGUUUUUUAUUCCUUCUAUUUUCAGCUUACUAAAUACUCUGAAUUACACUGGGUUUUUAAAAUAGAAUGUUUUGGACUUUGUAGAUAUAUAGUCAUCUCACCUUCAAAUAGAGAUCAUUUUAUUUCUUAUAAUGUUAAUAUUGUUAUUACAUGAUCUGGAUUUUCCAAAACAAUGUUGAAUAAUGAUUAUGACAGACAUGCCUGUGUGGUUCUUAAUUUUCAUGGAAUUGUCUUUAGUGUUCCCUAUUAAUAUGACAUUUGCUGUUGGUUAUUGGUAAAUAGUCAUUGACCAUUAACACAUUUAGGGUAUUUCUUCUAUUCCUGUUUUACAUAGCAUUAUUACUAAAAGUGGCUCCUGAAUUUUAUCAAAUGCCUUUUCAGCAUCUAUUGACAAAACAGUAUAACUUUUUUUUUCCUUUAGUUUGUUGACUCGAUGAAUUAGAGUGGUAGAUAUUUGAUGUUUUGAAACAAAUUUGUGUUUAUGGAAUAAAUCCUACUUAGUCAUGGUGUAAUAAUCAUUUGAUACAUUGCUGGGUAUUAUUUACCAAUACUUUAUUUAGUAUUAUUGCGUUUACAUUCCAAAGUAAAAUUGUAUAUUUCAAAUUUUGUUGUUAAAAUUAUGCUAGCUUUAAAAAAUGAAAUUGUGAGUUUUCAAUCAUUUUUCUGUGUUCUGGAACAGUUUAAAUAGCAUUAGAAUUAUUUCUUCUUUAAAAAUUAGCUAGUAGUGAGCUGUAAAAACAGUCUAAUCCUGGUGACAAUUUUGAUGGUAGAUCUUUAAUCAGCUUUCUUAUCUCUUCAAUGGUAAUUGGUUUA